UCUGCGAUUUCUAGGGCGCAGAUAAGGAGAAUGCGUCACAGAUCCCCGUACAGGUGGUAGAGGUUAUAGAGCACACGAGUCGUAAAGCCGUAGUAAAAACAAACAACGGACGAGAAACGCUCGUUAAACUCGGUCAAAUUCAUAUUUUCGGAUGAGCGAAUUUAAUUAAUAAUUCGGAACUGCGAAGAGACACCUGUUUGGCGGUGUUGUAGGUGUAGGUCAGUGAUCGGUAGGAGUAUAAAACGGUCUGUCGUCGAACCAAGAGACCAGUUAUCAAUAGCACCUCCAGCAAAACACCCACUAAAAUGUUCAAGAGCGCCCUAAUCAUUUCCCUGUUCCUGGUGGCAGUCGCCAGAGCUGCCGAUGAGUCCCAAUCCGAAACCAUCAAGUACCGGAAUGAGAUCAAGCCCGACGGCACCUACAGCUGGGAGUUCGGGACCUCCAACGGAAUCGACGCCCAGGAGAGUGGUCUGGGAGGAGUUCAGGCUGCUGGGUCAGUGAAAUAUACGGCUCCCGAUGGUUCGCCCGUCCAGCUCGAGUACACGGCCGAUGAGAACGGAUAUCGUCCCGCUGGAGCUCAUCUGCCCACGCCACCUCCUAUCCCGGACUACAUUCUCAAGGCUCUGGCUUAUAUCGAGGCGCAUCCCUUCAAACGAAUCCAGCUGAAGAAGUAGUCUAAAAUAUAGGUUUUAGAUUAAAUAGGUAUAGCAACAUUUUGUGUACAUAAUAAAAUACAUCUAGGAAUUACAAUUUUAUGUUUGCUUCUUUAAAUUAAAAGGAUUCGGCAAGCCGAAGAUGUAGCAUAAAAACAAAAUAUUAAACAGGAAAAUGUAAUAAAAUGUUUUGUAAAUAUCAA